UCGAAGUCCAUACAUCUUAAAAUGGCUAAGGUUGAGAAACACUGUUGUGGUGGCUGCACUGGAAAUUUCAGGCAAAUUAGACCUCGGGAUCCCCAUUAGACCUAGACAAAAGGGAGAAAGUGAUCUGUCUCGAUGUUGGUAGCCCUGUGUGGGUCAACAGAUACACCGAAUGUCAUUGCAAGUGCUAGAAAAAGGGAGAUGGAGAACAAGGCUUGGUUAUUUCAUCUUUAAAGGUGCCCAUGAUAGACCCUGGUAGGAUCCACAGGAUAUCCACCCCCUUUAGCAUUUUUCUUUGUUACGAGGGGGCCAAAUUUCUGCAAGAUCUCACAAAUCUUUCAAAAUCUUGCAGGAUUUCAGGGCAUGACAUCUGAAAUCUCGUGGGAUUUUUUAUUAUUCUGUGGAAGCCUCUGAGAGCUUUUUUUGAACUGUAGCGGGAUAGAAAUGCGUUUAAUAAAUAAAUAAAUAAAUAAAUAAAUAAAUUACUGUUAUUUUGGUGCUUGUGCCAUAACACAAAAUCACGCAGCAACACCUUGUGCCUGCAGAGCUCUUGGAAACUACUGUAUAGCAAGCAGAUCUAGAUGAGGUUUGCUACAGCAAGGCCACGAGCUGGCUCUUGUUCCCUGGCCCUGCCACGUUUUGGCCCAUACGGACACAGCUCUCGCUAGAUCUGUGAAGCUCGGAGGCCAGACGUCUCCAGUUUGUCCCUGGGAACAAAUCAGUCAAGCCUGUCUUUGAGAGUUAUUUUAACUCGAACAAGCUGAUUGUGUUGAUUGUCUGUGGCUAACAAAGCAGAAUUUUCCUGCUCUCUUCUUUGCCCCAGGGACCUUCAGAGGUUUGGAGAGCUCCAGUCUGACUUGGCCGGGAUGGCCGACUUCUCUGCAGCUUACCUACGGUGCCAGCUCCUUCUCAUUAAGGCUCUUCAGGAAAAACUCUGGAAUGUAGCAGCUCCUCUGUACGUGAAACAGAAUGCCCUGGCCUCAGCUGCAGCCAGGCAGAUUAUGGAAGAAACGUACAAGAUGGAGUUCAUGUACAGCAACGUGGAGCAUAGGCAGGUGGUCAUCAUCCACCAUAUGAGGCUGCAGGCAAAGGCUCUGCAGCUGAUUGUGACCGUGCGGACAGCAAGAGGGGUGGAACCACUUGGAAUCUGUGAGAAAUUUUUGCAGGAAGUGGACUGUUUUCAAAGAUGUUUCAUUUCCGAGCUCCCUCAUAUGCAAGGCAGCUUUGUGGAUAAGCUUCUCGACCUGAUGCCCAGGUUGGUCACUUCCAAGCCUUCAGAAGUGGUCAAGAUCCUCCGGGUGACCUUGCGGCAGAGUAACUUCCUUUGCCUUCCGCUGCCAGAGAAG